AUGGCCGGAACGCCGAUCAAAUUAGGAUCUAUUAUAACCUUUUGUGUUGUAUUAUAUGCGGUAUAUUAUAAGCGAAAUGAUAUUGGUGAUGAAAGAUUAUCUCCCGUGAGAGAGUAUCUUUUAUUUUUGGAGAGAGAAAACGCAGUUGGCUCAGGAAUAAGACAACCUAAAGUGGCUCUUGGUUAUGGAGCCUGCCACGAUUUAUUUGUAAAUGCAACCUCAUUCCUAAACUUUAGAGAUUUAAAAGGAGCCCCGGAACAUUUUAACGAAAUUUCCACAAAGGACGAGUUUUUAAAAAGUUUUGCAUAUUUCUUCAAACACGGAGCAGCUGCAGAGCGUUUUAUGUCAAAUAGUGAAUUGUAUGAUCAACUUGUGGAGCAAGCAUUAAAAUUACCAGACACAAGAUGGGCAAUUGGUGGAAAUGCCCCUCUAAUGGCCAGAAGAUUUUUCAUGGAAGGUUGGAAAGUGUUACUUGCUGCGAAAAUGAGUGAACAACUCAAAAAAAACAUUCCCAAAGAAAUAGAAAUAGUGGGUGUUGAUGAAAAUGAGGAAAUUAAAGAUGAUGUUCAUAUGAUUUUGGAAUAUAAGGCAGAUGAACAAUUUGGUAUCUAUAAGUCACCAAGAGCAAACAGAUAUAUAAUGCAUAAUGAUGAAAAUAAUCCUCUACUGAGCUCAUUAGAGAAGCUUGGAGAACAUUUAGGAAAAUUUAAGCCCAGUUUACUUGUUAUAAGUGGUCUACAAAUGAUGGAUAAUUUCCCAUUCAGAAAAGAUGGAAGAGAUCUCAGAGCUGAAAGGCUUGACCUAGUCAAAGAACAAAUUUUGUCACAGCCCCUAAAUACAUUGUCUCAUUUUGAAAUGGCCAGUUAUGUGGACUUGGAGCUUCUUACACACCUAACAACAAAAGUGUUACCUUAUGUAGACUCUGUGGGGAUGAACGAACAAGAACUCUCAAAUUUGUAUAAUGUUCUUGAAUAUGGAGAAGUUGUAGUUGUUGCAGAUUCUAACCCAAGAGUAGCAACAGCAUUAGAUCAAAUGCGAAAAACAUUCCACCUCAUAAGAAAAAAGAACACAGAAUAUAAUAGCAAAAGAAAAUUAACCCGAAUUCAUGUACAUACACUAGCAUAUCAAGCUAUUUUAACAGUCAAAGGAUCGGAUUGGAAGAGAACUCAAGCUGCAACUGCAAAAGCAUCUCUAACAGCACACAGAUAUGUUUGCAACAACCAAAAAAUAUACCUUGACAAAUCAAAAUUACUACUUGAUGAUAGUUUUUCAACAACAACUGACAAUGAUAAUAAUAGUAGAGUAUUCUUUGAACCAACAAAGCCUGUAGCUUGUUGGGAAGAAGAAUUUGAUACUACAAAAGUAGAGAUUUGUGUUGCACCUGUACUUAUUUGCACAGAGGCUCAGUUGACAGCCGGAGCAGGUGAUAAUAUUUCAGCUGCAGGCCUAGUUUUACAAGUAGAAAACUGA